UUAAAGGGUGAUCUGAUGAGUCAAGAUAGGCGACUAGCAGCCCCAGCUAGUGCUGGCUUUUUCGUGGUUCCAUUGCCUGCUGAGGGGCAGUGUUGUAACCUUGGUGCCCAUAAAACCAGACCAACCAUAAAACAGUAUUCAGUAUUCACCGCCAAAGAUCGAAGAAGCUUAACAAGAUCGAAGAUGAAGAAGAUAAGUGUUCUAGUUCUAGUGUUGGUUCUGUGCGUGAUGACCUCUAAUGUGGAGCAGAGCCUUGCUCAGGUUGACUGCUACGAUGCUUGUUCCACUGGCUGUGUUUCAUAUAUAAACAACCCGAGGCUUAUGUCACGAUGUGAUCGCAAAUGCCAGAUUAAAUGUGGUCCAGAUUCUCAAGUUGAGGAGAAUUUUCAUUGAGCGGCAAAGAUAACUGCGAGCAAACCAUGAAUCAAGUUGCAAAGGAGAAUAGAGUUAAACUUACAAGCAAACACUAAUAACGUGCAACUGUAUUUUUCUUUUGGUUCUGUUCUCAAUGAAAUAAGUACCAAAUUUCUUUCAGUCCUUAUGUGGGACCUAUAAAAUUUCGGUUUCCUUGUGA